AUGUUCCGAUCCCAGCAGUAUGUCCUCCUCGCAGGCGACGACGAGUCCGAGGUCUCCAUCAGUUCGAUUGAGCGCUUUGCCGCCAUUCCUCAAUCGUUGCUUGCACGGGUCCGACAGACGAGGGAGAAAAUGAGGAUUAGGUCUGAAGCAUCCAGAGCUGCUUCGGUAGAAGCGAAAGCGCGUCGAAAAGCCUUGAUGCCUUCCAUAGACAGCAUUUCAAACGAGCCUUACACCUACGCCGGUUUCUACGCGUCAUUUUAUUAUCUGCCACCUUUUUAG